AUGGCGGAGAACGACAGCGCGAUCCAUUUGCGAUCGCUUUCACAGCCUUCACUGGUGUCAGCUCCAGACUCCAGUACGCAAGACGAGACACCGAGGCAUUCUUCUCGUCAUCUGCCCGAUGAUUCGACCCCAGAGCAUGGCCAACAUGAAGAGCUUCCAGCAUACUCGCGGGCUCCCCCUACAAAUCAGUCAUUGGGACUCGGUCACAGCACAACACUCCAUCGCUCUGGGCUCAUCGCACUCAUUACGGUUCUCUUUACAGCCCUGGCGGUUUAUGCUUGGGUUAUCCUUGCAAUUCUCUCCUUUCGCCCUAUCAGCACUAGCUCGUGGGAAGAAAAUGCGAGCUAUGCAAACAGACAUUAUAUCCAUCAUGACUGGGCCUUCGAUACUAGGCUCUAUCGCUCGGCUAGAGUGAUUCAAUCCAUUCUCACUGUGAUUAUCUUGCCAUGGACAUCGGCUGUAUGUGCUCACGCUGCGGUCAUAUUCAUGCAACAUCAAAAAGAUAGCAUGGGUUUGACUAUGCGACAAGUCAUGGCUCUCGCAGAUCGCCGAUGGUUGGAUUUCUCCUUGUUGUCUGAUAUACUCCGUGGUGCUUGGAAAAAACACGGAAGCCUACUGUUACUUCUGGCGAUAAUACUUCACUUUCUUGGAGCCAUCAUCUACCCGAUCCAGGCUAUUGUUGUCAAUCCUAAGACCAUUCAUGUUCCGGUUUCCAUCAAUGAAAUGGGCACAGUUGGCGAUCUUGCCCAUCAGGCUGCUUACUACUCGACUGUCACUGGGAAUGACGUUGUGAGGACUCGCGCUGCUCUUCUCAAUGCAGACUCGCAUACAAUGCAACCACAGCUGUGGCAGGGGAUUCAAGGUCAACAGCUAUCAAACUUCAAGAACUUCUCCACCCUGCGUGAUCCAUUCUACGCCCCAAUACCCAACGGCUUUCACACCGGGGUCCUUCAGCAAUUCGCCUUGCGCAUCAAUUCGUCUGCCACUUCCAGAUCCAUAGCGGCUGCCGAAUUUCCGUCUGGUUGCAACUCAAACUCCUCGGGAUUUUUCGCUAAUUAUUCAUCCCUCCUUUUGUAUGAAUCCAUUCCGUAUUAUUGGGCUAUUGCCGCUUGUAUGCCUAAUGUUACUUCGAAAUCGCCGUGGGUGGAAACUCGAGAUCGCCAAGAGUUCUCUGAGUCGCUCUAUCUCAACAUCUCUAUCCGGGAUUCGAAUGUACAAACUACUGCGCUGUCCGCUGGUAGCGCAUUAUAUGAGAUCACUCUCCGGACGACUGCAGGUUAUUUUGAGCUACCCAACUUCAUGAACAAUGGCACACCCGGCGCUUUGCUGGAGAGCGACCCGACUCCGAAUUGCAACAAAACAUGUAUACGACAAAUCAACCAAUAUUCAUACUACAAUCGUGCUCGCCGAGAUGAGACUAUUGGAAACACAACCAAUUACAUUCAUCAAACUGUUCCAUGGGCAUCAUUGGAGGUUGAAAAUAAGGGGCCGCUCUUAACCACAGCACUUGCCCUCUUCGGACCAGGCUCUUUCCUGGACACUUUUUUCGCUUCAAUGAAGGUUAUCCAAAAUAACCUUCCUGACUCCAAUCCCGAAUACGGCUACGCCAGUAGCAGUAAAGUGUGCAUCGAACUCGGGCCUCUGAUGAACUUUUUCCACACCGUUUACACGCCACGAGAUACAUGCAUUUCAAUCUAUAUGAAUCCAAACUCCAACGUCAACAACGCUCACGACCUGGUCCGAGACUGGCUCGUUUCCAUGUAUCAAUCGGCAUCGAGUUUUCCAAAUGUUUUUACUACGGCCGCUUUCCUUUCGAACAAGCAAUGGGUUGAAUCGAUGAAGCCUGUGUACGCAAUUUACCAAGACCCAGGUACAGAAAUGGAGAUUCCGGACAUCGGCCUGGCUGGUGUGAUCGUGGUCAGCAUUCUUCUGGGACCAUAUCUUUUGCUCUUACUUGCCCUCUCUUGGUAUGGUAGUCGUGCCCCAAGAUGGACUUAUCGACUCGACUCGUUUGCUAUGCUGCGUUUCGGAGCUGCAUUAGGUGAAGGUAUCUUCCCCAUGCUUAUUGCGGAAAGGACAAACGACAUCAAAGAACUUGAUGAGAUCCCUGGUGUUAUCAGAGAUGUCGGACCAGUUUCAGAGGACGCUAUCAUUCCAGUCAAUCGAAUUGGUCUUUGGGGUGGGAAGCCGCUACAGAAUCGCCGAAGAUAUGAGUGUUAUGAAGCCGACAACGAAGCUAUGACACUGGUCGAGGUCAAUGGGAUACGGCGGGGUGGUGUUAGUCGAACGUAG